AAGAACAAAAAAUGGAAAACAGUGAAGAUCAAAUCAUACGACUCAUCAGUUUCACAACAGAUGCUUACAAAUAUGUUAAGGAUAGUGACAAUCAAAAAUUUAUAUCCAAAAAGUUCUCAGAUAUCCAAGAAAAGCAAGCACAAAAAAGUAAGACAUUCCCCGAUAAUCAGAUAUCCAACAUCCACCUAAUAAGGGAGUUGUCCAGAAAAUAUAACAUUCCAACUAAGAACCUUCCGCAGCCUCAAGAUUCAUCACACGAAAAGUUAGUGUCUAACUUAUUAGGGGAAAUCAAUGAAAAACCAUCAAGUAAAACUCCCCCACCUCUAAAAAGUUCAUCCCCAAGAAAAGUAAAGACUGAGAUCAAACUAGCCCCUAACUUUACAAUCCCACCUUUCAAACUAAAACGUGUACAACCAGCUCGUAGAGAAAGUUAUAAGAUUCCCUCAUCAAAGCUAACUAAGGAGUUCAUGUUCCCAGAAGAGGUAAAGUCACCCCCUAAACCAAAACCUGUAAAACCGAUUCCUAAACCAAGGACCCAACCAAAGGAACGUCCAAUCCCAAAACCGAGGACAAGGUUAUUUUCUCAACUAAGUACAACCCUCCCCGAGGAAGUUGAAACACCAAAGCUACUUCCAAACACAAGGUUUGUAAAGGAACCUGAGGAAAUUGUUGAACCAAUAUUUACAGGAAAACGACCUACUUAUAAGAAGACAUCGCACUCCUUCUCAAACUUAAUAAAGAACUAUAAAGUGGAAAUAGUUAGUAACGAUCCCCAAAUACAGUUAUCAUCUUCACUUCCAUCUCUCAGAGAAAUCCUUGCUAAAAAUAUAAUUAUAAUGGGAGGGGUUAAGUAUCAUAUUACCUUAAAUGUAGAGUUCAUCAAGGCUAAGGGCUGGGAAGGGUAUGAGUUGGCCAAAUAUGGUGCAAAUCAUGUUGCCCUUACCUUACUUCAAGGUGGUAAUAUAGAUGAGUCAUUAGAAGAGGCCAUAGCCCUGGUUCAACAGAGAAUAGAUGGUUUUAUUGCUAGAGGAAGCGGCUGGUCUGUUGUCCAACUCCCAAGUAUGUACAUACUCGUCAAUACAUAUGCCCCACUAGAAGGUUCAUCAUAUCUUGAUCUUCCAAAGUCACUCCAAAAGCCUCAGUUAGGUCUUAAUAACAUUUUCAAUAAAGAUGAUAAUGAAUGUUUUAGGUGGUCACAUGUAAGAUAUGUUUGCCCGCGUGAUAAGAAUCCCAAACGUAUAACAAAAGAGGAUAAAGAAGUUGCUAAAUCAUUAAAUUACGACGGUGUUUCCUUUCCGGUGUCUAUAGACCAGAUUCCCCAUAUAGAGGCUCAGAACAACCUCAACAUCAAUGUUAUUGGUUAUAAGUCAGGUAAAACCUUUUAUCCAAUUGUUGUAUCAAAGUCCACAUUCAAAGACACAAUGACCUUACUAUUAAUCUCAAAAGAUGAACGUAAUCAUUAUGUUCUCGUAAAGGAUUUCAACAAACUUCUCCAUUCAUAUACAAAGGAUAAUCAUAAGAAACAUUUCUGUGUAAGUUGCUUCCAAAACUUCAGGUCAGAAGAGUUCCUCCAAAAGCAUCGAAAGGACUGCCUAAUUAUAAAUGGUAAACAAGCAGUUAGAAUGCCAGUUGAGGGUACAACAGUUGACUUCAAAAACCAUAAGAAUCAAUUGUUUGCACCCUUUGUUAUAUACUCAGAUUUUGAAUGCAUACUAUCACCAACAGAGUACAAGUCAGGUGACCACACCAAAGUCAUACAAAAGCAUAAAGUUGUAAAGUAUGGUUAUAAGAGAAUAUGUAAGGAGAAUGAACAUUUAACAGGUGAGUAUAAGACGUACACCGGGGAAGACGCAUGUCAGAAGUUUGUUACCGCAAUAAGGGCUGAGCAAAAGGAGUGUAACAAGUUGGCAAGACAAUUCUUCAAUCAAAAAGGUGAGAUGGAUGAUGAUUCAAUCGCGCACUUCAGAGAACAAAAGAAUUGUUAUAUUUGCUCUAAAGACUUGUCCACCAACAACAAAGUGGGAUACUUUCACAGGAUUAAUUCUAACUACCUUGGUGCAAUCCACAAGGGCUGUCAAACUAAAUUCUUUAAGAUACCAGUGGUGUUCCACAAUCUACGAGGAUAUGAUUCUCACCCAAUAAUCUUAGAAUCAUGUGAACAAAAGAUUGACCUUACAGUGAUAGCAACCAACCUCCAGAAAUACCUUUCAUUCUCAUUUGGUAAUCAACUUGUAUUCAUUGAUUCCCUACAGUUUAUGAGCACAUCACUAGAGAAGUUAGUUGCUAACCUCAAGGGUCAAGCAUUAGAUGAAGAACUCUCUCUCAAGUUUCCAAUUACAUCCCAAAGGUUCCAAGGAGAGUCACUCAAGCUUGUCACUCAAAAAGGUGUAUUUCCAUAUGACCACUUUACUUCACUUGAGACAACAAAGGAAACUCAACUCCCAAGUAAGGAUGCUUUCUUCUCGACAUUGUAUGACACUCCCGUUUCAGAUAAAGAUUAUCAGAGAGCGCAAACUGUAUGGUCACACUUCAACAUGUCAACGUUCAAUGAUUACCUUGAACUCUACCAAGAAACGGACAUCCUCUUACUCGCAGAUGUAUUUGAGAACUUUAGGUCAACAUGUCACGCUACUUAUAAUCUAGACCCCGCAAAUUACGUCAGCAAUCCCGCACUAACCUGGGAUGCAAUGUUAAAGGAUAAACAAGAAAGAGGAGGUUCCCCAAUCGAACUCUUAAGUGACAUUGAAAUGCAUAACUUCUUUGAGAAAGGAACCCGCGGUGGUGUCGCACAAAUAUCACAUAAGUUUGGCAAGUCCAACAAUAAGUUCAAGUCUAACUAUGAUCCAACACAAUUGUCUAAGUUCCUAAAAGAUUGGGAUGUCAACAACUUAUAUGGAGGAUGUAUGUCACAACCGCUCCCUCAUGGUAACUUUAAGUGGGAGGAUCCAGAUAAUAUUAAUUAUAAACAUUUCCUCGAAGAUUCCCCCAGAGGUGCCGUCUUAGAGGUUGAUCUAGAUUAUCCAAAGGAACUCCAUGAUCUUCACGCAGACCUCCCACUAGCACCUCAUAAGAUGUUGGUUACCGAGGAUAUGAUAUCUCCAUACAACAAAAAAAUAAGAACUCAAAACAACCUUUCACCAUCAGAAGCACCCAAGCUAAUUACCUCUCUCAACAAUAGGAGAAACUACAUUCUUCACGCUAGGACACUUGACUACUAUGUUUCCAAGGGAAUGGUCCUCACCAAGAUUUAUGGUGCAAUUUCAUUCGACCAAAGUUGUUGGUUAAAGGCAUACAUAGAGAAGAAUACCACCGAGCGUGCAAAAGCUCAAAAUGAUUUUCAAAAGGACUUCUUCAAGUUAAUGAACAACGCUAUCUAUGGUAAAACCAUGGAAAACUUACGAAAACGUACACAUGUAAAGAUAGCCUCAACACCAGAGAAAGCUAAGAAGCUUAUCUCAUCACCAACAUUCAAAGGGAGUAAGAGUCUCUCCAAAGAAGCCAUCAUGGUUGAGCAGACCAAAGAAGUCCUCUAUCUCAACAAACCAUCUUACAUAGGAAUGGUUAUCUUAGAGCUAGCCAAACUUGAGAUCUACAAGUUCCACUAUGAUGUUGUAAAACCAUUUUAUGGUAACAGGGCACAACUCAUCCUCACCGACACAGAUUCACUCUUAUAUGAAAUACAGACUGAGGAUGUUGAAGAGGAUUGUGUUGAGAUAGGUAAAAUUCAUGAUUGUUGGGAUAACUCAAAUUAUGAUAUAGAUUCCCCAUACUUUUUCAACAAAAAUAAAAAGGUUCCCGGGAAGAUGAAAGAUGAAAUGGGUGGCCAUCAAAUCGAGGAAAUCUCCGCGAAUAAACCAAAAUCCUAUGCAAUCCUCAAGUCGUCAGGUAAAGAAGAGAAGCGACUUAAGGGAAUCCCCCGAUGUGCCAAGGAAAGGGUCAUCAGUUACGCUGACGUUAAGGAUUGUAUAUUCAAUGGAUCAACCAAACGAAUCACCUGUCAUACAAUCAGAAGUGUUAAUCACAACCUCAGAACUAUAUCUCAAGAUAAACUUGCCCUGUCCAACUAUGACACCAAAAGAUACGUCUUAGAUGAUGGAAUAACUUCCCUCCCAUACGGUCAUUAUAAGAUCCCAUAA